CCUCAGUUCUUCCGAGUUAGAUCUCUCCUUUAAAACCCCGCCACCAAAUCCGAAAAAGACAAUAAUUGUUGCAUUUACAAUCCCAAUUGAAAAAUGUUCCCCUCACCCAACUGCAACAACUCCUUGCUCAAAACAAGGCCAUCAUUAUCCUCACCAUCACCAUCCUCUUUCCCCUUUGAUCAAAAUCCUAACCUUAAACACGACAACAUCCUCUUCAACUUCCCCUCUCCCUUCCUCGACGAGAACGAAUCGCCCUUGGAUCAAAUCUUUUACCAAAGCCACCUCGCCGAGAAGUUGAAAACCGAUCAUGAUCAGAUCCCCACUCCUCCUCCUCCGAGGCGGAGGAAGGCCGGGAAGAAGGACCGGCACAGCAAGAUAUGCACGGCGCAGGGGAUCAGGGAUAGGAGAAUGCGCCUCUCUCUGCAAGUAGCUCGGAAAUUCUUCGAUCUUCAAGAUAUGCUCGGCUAUGACAAAGCCAGCAAGACCAUAGAGUGGCUCUUCACGCAGUCGAACAAGGCGAUUAAGGAGCUCCACUCGCCUCCUCCUCCUCCUCCUCCUCCUCUGCUGCUUCCAAACAACAGCGACGUGAAGAGCGAGUCCGAGUGCGAAGAUCAAUCCGGAAUCGAGGAGAUCAACUCCAACGCUGUCGCUCCGACCACUGCGGAUCGGGCCAAGGCCUCGAGGGAGAAGGCGAGGGAGAGGGCGAGGUGUCGGACGCGAGAGAAAAUGCUGGUGAAACGCCUCCGUUUGUGUGGAAACCCUAAUCCAUUUGAAGGAGGAGAUGAAGGGCUCAAUUCGGAAAUUAGGGUUUCUCAGCCCGACGUGGGAAUGAUUGACAAGUUUUUGGGGAAUUCUGAGUAUCACUGCGCAGUGUCGGAUCCGAGUUUGGUUGGAUAUAUUGGGAAUUGGGAUGUGUUAUCGAAUUGCUUUCACUAUUCGGUUGGGAAUCUUGUUUCUACUGCAGGUAAUCUUAACUCACUUUUCUCCUCUCCCACGCCAGAAUUUCCAUGAUAAUUUAGCAUGUUUAUUUUUUUUUUGUUGAGGAGAUUAUUCUCCUAGCUUAAUCUUGCUUUGCUCACCAUUUGUAUAUUAUUCAAGUAUGGAUUUCUGAGGAGUUUAUAUCUAUACAGUGCUUUAAUGUUGUA